GUCUGCUUGUCAAAAGCCCGUUCAUCACAAUUUUUGCUCGUAUAUUAAGUUUAAAGAAUACAAAGAAAUUUUUUUUUUAAACCUAUACUGAGCCGCACAUACGAAAACAAUUUUGACUGUAGUUUUUAAAAACGGUCGUAGAGAUUUGCAUCGACAAAAAAAAAUGGACUACCAAUCUCGCCCAACGAUUGCCGUAACCACAAUUUCGUUGGCGUUGGGGUUGUUGGCUGGUUGCGGUGCAAUCGUUUUUCCGACCGAUCGUCAACCCGGAACAAGCACGGUCCACGGUACACGGGGUGACCACCGAACUCCCAGGGACAUGCGAGAACCUAAAACAGACGCCCAGGGACUUGACUUAUUGUCGGGUGGGCUCAAGACUACCGGCCAGAAGUGGUCUUCCGACGAGUACCAAACGCUGUCGUCAUUGCAGCAGACUUCCGACGACAGUGCUUCGCAGCCCGUCACCACGAAGGUCGACAUCUAUCCGGCGCUAACGACAGAUUCACUGCCGUUCGUAGCUCGGAGCCGGUACGUUAGCAACCACCUGCAUCCGCCUUACUUGCACCACCUGUACGACAGCGACAGGAACACUUAUCAACAAGAAACCACGGAAUUGGAAGACCAACGUUCGGAGUACUCGGCAGCGAAAUGGAACAGGUACUACCCCAAUAGUCACAGGCAAUUGAAGAAAUACGGACCAGUGAUCAUGGAGACGGACGUAGCGGCGGACGGCAGCAGCGUGCAGACGGGCGGGUACAACGUUUACGACAACGGCGGCGCGGAUUACGGCACCGGCGCCAGUAGUUACGAACCGGAAAACUAUAAAAACGGCAACGUCGGCAGCAGCGGCGGCGGCGACGCCUACGUCGGAUGGUACACCGACCCGCCUACGCAAUCUUCGCGACCGGCCACCGUCGUGGCCGAGGUCCGGCAGCCCAGCCACAAGAUGUCCAUCGACGUGCAGAAGCUCACGCUGCUGGCCAUAGUCAAGAUAGCGUUGGCCAAGCUCAAGGUGCUCACGGCGAUCAAGUUUCUCGCCUUCCUGUGGGUCAAGUUGAAGCUGUUGGUCGUGCUCAAAGGGUUCAUGUUCGCCAAGUUCACCGUGGUCUGCAAACUCCUCAGGCUGUUCCUGCUGCCGUUCCUGCCCAACUUUCUGACGUGGCUCAGGAACGCGGCCAUGAUGCAGCUGAACCCCGCGAUGAACAUGUCCGGGCCCAUCAUGAACGAAGCGGCGACCGCCGCGAUCCAGUUGCGUAACGACAGCGCCCCCGACCCGGCGCUUAAGAGGAGCACCGCCGGUCUGGACACGCUGAGCGCGGCCGGCAAUGUGUUGCGGUUCGUGGCCUUCGUGCAGUCGGCCAGAUGCGCGGAGAGGACGGCCUGUCGAGUCUCCGUCACCAGACCGCCGAGCUUACAAUCCGCGUUGGCGAACUGGAUCUUAUCACCGUUGGUGAAUUAUAUUCCUAACAGAAAGUUAAAAUCCUACAUGUCAACAUUGAAGGAAGUUUCAGACUAUCGUUUAGUUAACAUUUCCAGACAUCCGUCAACAAUAGAAUGGUUUAAAUGGUGCGAUGAACAAUAUUAUUGCGAUGAAGAAGAAGAAGAUACUGACGAAAAUUUGAUUUAAAUAUUAUUUUAUAGUCGUAAAAUUUUUUUAUUUUUUUUUUAUCUUUUAGAUAUCUGUAAUUUUAAUAUACACGAAUGUUAAAAUAUUUUAAAACUAAAUUAAAGGAAUUAUAAUUAUAACUCAUAUGCAAAGUCAACAUAUUCCUUAUUUAUUAUUUGUUUAUUUUAAUUUUAACUUAAUAUUAUAUAUAAUGCAAAAAUUCAUAUUGUUAUUCUGAGAAUAUGUUUAAUGUUAGCUAUGCAUAAUAAUAUUAUUUUCUCUUCGUGG